GUCUGGCUCACGGCCAGGACCCUUAGGGCGCGCGGCCAGUGCCCCCAGCGCGCGCCCCGCUCCCGGGCAACCGCCGCGCGGCUGCCGCCCAUGGCCGCCGCGCGCUGCCCCCGGGCGGUGGGCGGCGCGGACGCCGAGGACCCGCGCGAGCCGAGCUCGGCCACGCCGCCCCCGGCAAGGUGGGGGCACUGCGCCCUGCCGCACGAGGCGUGGCUGCACAGCCGCGUGCAGGUCGUGGACGGCCUGGACGGGGUGGCUAGCAGGGAGCCCGCCGCGCGGCGCCGCGAGGGCGGGCGGGGCCUCUUCGUGAGCGGCGGGGCGGGCGACGCGCCGGUGGCGGCGGGCACGCUGCUGGCCGAGGAGGCGCCAGUGAUCCUGGCCACCGACUACGCCGCGUUGGAGCGCUACCUCCUCGCCGUGUGCGGCGGCGCGCCCGGGGCGCGGCUCCCGGCGGACUCCUCGGUGGCGGUCCUGUCAGGCGAGAGCGAGGCGACCUUGAGGCACGCGAUCCUCAGCCUCGUACGCCGGCCCGGGCGCGCAGGCCGCCACGGCGCGGCAGCGCGUGCGCGGCGUCCUCUCGCACAACAUGCACAGCGCCGACCCGCUGCCGUGCGACGGCAGGCCGCCAGAGCUCGGCGGGCCCGUUGGGCUCUGGCCGACGGGCUCUCUGAUGUCGAAGAAGGAAGCCCAGACCGCCAUCUCCCCCUUCUUCCCCCCUUCUUCCCCUGCAUCGCCACUGCUCCCCCCUCCCCCUCGCGGCUUCACCGCGAGCGACCCCGUGGAUCCCCUUGUCGGCGCCUCCCCGGUCCCCGCGCCGCGUGACGUUAGGCCCGGCGGCGCGUGCCCGCCCGCCUGGCUGCCCACGCCGCGCCGCCGCUGCGCGGGGCCGCAACGCCUAAAAGAGCGGAUCCAUCCGUUUAUACGCCUCCCAGGUUCGGGCCGGACGAAAGGGGGGGAUUGGGAAAGGGGGGGUUACGAAAUCUGCUGCAUGCAGCUGGUUUUUCGGCCCCCCCGAGGGGCCC